CGUAUACUCUCUUUCAAAAAAGACUUUACGCCGUCUCCUAUUUCCCUCUGCAACUCCAAGGCAUGGCAUGCUGUGGGGGAAGAGAAAUGAAAUGAAGCGCGCGUGCCUCGUAAUCAUUUACUCAAGUCAAUUGCGCAGGCACUAAUGAGGUCUCCGUCGAUUCACACAUCCCUAUCAUCUACCUCACAAAUCCUCCCACUCCUAGACUCUACACCAUCCCAUACUACAUUUCAUGGUUUCAGCAGGAAUACCCAUUAAAGCAUAGAGUGCACUGUGCAAACUUCCGUGUCUUCUUCCUUGUCUUCUAGCCCAUAAUGGUGCUGCUCUCCAAUCUGCCAUGCUGCUUCAUUCUAACCAUGCUUCUGCUUCCAUUGCCAGAACUGGCAGGCCUUGCUCCUGAUCUGUCCUCCCCUGCUCUGCAAAAAGAGAUGGCUUUUUUUCAUGCCCAAAAUUUUACAGAGGCAGAGCAAGAGACCAAAACAUGGUGUGUUGCCAGAUACGGAACUGAUGGUAUUAGUUUGCAGGCAGCGCUGGAGUGGGCAUGCGGUGAAGGAGGUGCAGAUUGUGCAGCAAUACAGCCCGGUGGAUUUUGUUAUGCCCCCAAUACACUCUUUGCCCACGCCUCCUAUGCUUUUAAUGCCUAUUAUCAAGCCACCAUGGAAGCUCCCGAAUCCUGUGACUUUAGGGGCGCUGCAACGCUCAUAUAUGUGAACCCAAGUUAUCCGGGCUGCUCUUAUGUUUCGCGGUCUGGAGAAGCGAGCGUGGUGGAUGACAUAAGUGGGGGUAUGCAGGGAAGCUCAAAGCCCUGGCCUUUGUGUGUGUUCCUGCUUUUGUGGGUGAUCUUUGUUGCAUGACUUUGCCACUGAAUAUCUGGACAGUUGCUUGUCAUUGUGGAUAAUACGUAUGGUUUUGAAAGCUUCUUUGUGACUCCAUUACAGCGUGAAUCGAAGAAGGUACUGUGAAAUCAGUUGCCUCCAUAUGAUUGAGUAGAGGCAGAAAGGAAGAUAGUGUAUCCACUGGAACAUUCGAAAAUGGUUCAACGUCAAAGGUCAAUUUUUUGAUGAAUUGAAUAUUUGUAUCAGACGCUUUUCAAGGAGAAAAUGAUAGCACUCCCAAUAUUGUAUUUAAUGCUGGUGGUUUAAUCGGAGUUCU